AUGACUGUUAAAGGCGGCACGACCCUGGCCUGCGCUGCUUGCAAGUACCAACGACGAAAGUGCAGCCCUACUUGCCCCCUCGCCCCAUAUUUUCCAGCCAACCAGUCUAAGAUGUUCCAAAACGUGCACCGUUUGUUCGGAGUGUCUAACAUUACCAAAACGCUCACCCGCUUGAAGACUGAGGAUCAGAAAGAGGAUGCCAUGAAGUCCAUCAUCUACGAGGCCGAAAUACGGGAGAGGUUUCCUGUCUAUGGUUGUUCUGUGAUCAUAUGCGAGCUUCGCCUUCGGCUGCAAUAUGCUCUUGAAGAGCUUAGAUACGUUCACGCCCAUCUCACUACGUGCAGGAAACAGUUGGAUAAGCAGGUGGAUUAUCCUUCUGAGUGUUGGCCUUCGUCACAAUUGGAUUUGGCCUACUGCUUGAGCAGUGACGUGCCGAUGGCGUUCCAGAGACAAUCAGGUGACAAUGAGAUGCCUAAUGGAAUUAACCAAUUUUUCUUGAACAACGGAAGUGGUUUUUAUGCUGAGUCGUCACUGGAUAAUCUGGCUAGGCCAUUGCUUGAUUUUGAGCCUUGUUCUGAUACGAUGAGCGUUAACAACUUAACCGCGGUUCAAGCACAGAUGGAAUCAAUCAACAUCCAACAAGAGAUGAAUGUGUUCUUUCAGGAUUUUGAAGGCGACACACAGUCUUAUAGUGAAACUAAGGAGGCAUUUGAAUCUAGGUACAUAUUUCCUGUUUUUAUAUUGAAUCUUUCUCAUGAAUGUUUUAUCGAAAUUCAUGGUUAUACACUGAAUUUUCAUGAGCAGCUCAGAGUCGUCGCUGAAGGAUACAACACAAUCAGUGGAUCAAAUCUCCCAGAGGGACCUCAAGACUGCUGCUGCGGGCUUCAGUCUCACUACCAUGAAUUAGAAUGA